GGGUCCACACACGCGGCAGACUCGCGCGCGGGCUUCGGCAGCCACAGCUCGAGCGUUCGUCGACGCACCCACACGCACACGCGCGAGGCACGCGAUGGACUGACGUGCCAAUCUCACCCCCCCUCCCCUCGAUUCGCUACGCCCCAGCCCGUCGAGUUCCCGAGGGAGGCGAAGAUUUCGGUGCGCCGGACAGCGACUGGCGAAAGUGCGAGGGAGUUGUGACGGAAAGGGAGCCGCGGAGAUUAAAUACGACGAAGUGAGGCCCCGGGGGUUAGUGCAGCAGCGGAGGCGCCAUGGCCGAGCGCCACCGUAGCCUCGUCCUGCUGGCACUCGUGCUCGGCUGCUGCUGCUGCUACCUUGGACUCGCCGGUGCCGCCAAUAAGGGACUCGCGGGCGCCAGCAGCAGUAACAUCGGCAGCAUCGCCGAGGCCAACCAGCAAUGUCCUCUUGGCAUGUUCAGGUGCCCCGAGGGCAAGUGCAUACCCGCGAGCUCGGUCUGCAACUAUCAGCGCGACUGCGAGAACGCCGAGGACGAGUUUCAGUCUUGCACCCCACCAGAAUGCGAGGCAGGUCAACUGACUUGUGGCCAGUAUGUGUUCAAUAAAACCUACUGCGUUCCUCCGUAUCAUCGAUGCGACAUGUCUGUCGACUGUGUCGACGGCACAGACGAGGCUGGAUGCAAUUAUCGAAAGUGUCUAGCCGACGACUUUCGUUGCGGCAACACGACUACUGAGCCUUGUUUGCCAAAAGAAAAACGUUGCGAUGGAUAUCUCGACUGUAGAAAUGAAAGAGACGAAGAGGGUUGUCCGAAUGCAAGGGCAGCCUGUCGACUGGAUCAGUUCAGGUGUAACGUGACGCAGAGAUGCGUCGAACAGACGAUGAGAUGUAACCACAAGGACGACUGCGGCGAUAACAGUGACGAAGAGCAUUGCAGUUUCCCGGCCUGCACGGCCGAUCAGUUCAGAUGUGCGAAUGCACUGUGCAUCCCGUUGAGCUACCAGUGCGACGGUUACAGGGACUGCGAGGAUGGCAGUGACGAAAGAAGCUGCACAUCCAUAGUAUGUCCAGGUAACAAGUACCUUUGCCCUAAAGGUUCCAACGGUAAGCCGCUUUGUAUCAACAAGUCGCAGCUUUGUGACGGCAAGAAAGAUUGCGACGAUGGCAGUGACGAGGAGACUGCUUGCUCAACGCACAUGUGCAAUUCAUUAGGCUGUCAAUACCAGUGCCAAGCGUCUCCCACCGGAGGUGUUUGUUAUUGCCCGGAAGGUCGUGUACUAGCCAAUGACUCCAGAAGUUGCAUGGAUCGCAACGAAUGCCAAGAAUGGGGUUUCUGCGAGCAACUGUGUACCAACACAGACGGCGGUUACCUGUGCAGCUGUGCACAAGGUUACGCGCGUUUUCGCAACACUCGUUGUCGAGCCAUCGACACCGAGCCACUGGAGUUGCUCGUUGCCCAAGAACGCGCGAUUUGGAGGGUAUUGCCCAGCAGCGGUAAUGACGAGCGACACCUCAUCGCCAAUACCACCGGAGCUAGCGGCUUGGAUUAUCACUACGACAGGAAUUUGUUGUUCUGGAGUGAUGUUAAAACUAGAAAGAUUCAUUCGCAGCCGCUCAAGGGUUCGACGGAACACGUCGAUCCACAUAUAUCACAACCGGGCUCAUGGGCGCCGGUCGCCCUUGCGGUAGACUUCGUCGGUGAUAAACUCUACGUAGUCGACUCGAUUGUACAGAAGAUCGACGUGUUCGAAUUCAACGGCCACUUCCAUGGUAUAGUCCUCGGUUCGAACCUCACAUCUCCAACUGAUAUAGCCCUAGAUCCACUAGUCGGUUUGAUGUUCGUCGCUGACAGCAAACAAGUGCUGCGAGCUAACAUGGACGGUACCAAUGCCUUCCCCAUCGUGUCUGAGGCCGCAUACAAGGUGUCCGGGGUUGCGGCUGAUCUCAUUGCUAAAAGGAUAUAUUGGUGUGAUCUUUUGCUCGACUACAUCGAGACAGCAGAUUACGUGGGUCGAAAUCGCGUGAUGGUAUUGAGAGGCAAUCAAGUACCGUCACCCAUAAGACUGGCGCUUUUCGAAAACAAGGUGUACUGGACUGACAGUUCAAAACAAGCAGUACUCAGUGUUGAAAAAUUCAACAGUCAAGUCGAGAACUCAGUGAAGAGUGUGACCAAGCUGAGGGACGCCAAAGCUAUCAAAGCGCUGCACUAUCUUGUGCAGCCAAAAUCAGUGCAGAAUCCGUGUGGUAAUAAUAACGGUGGUUGCUCGCACAUGUGCAUAGUUACUGCCGCUGGUGGUAUAGAGAUCGGUCUGGGAUACAGAUGCGCCUGUCAUAUUGGCUAUAGAUUAUCAACGGAUCUCCGCAAUUGCGUAAGUGUUGAGGAGUUUCUUAUGUACUCACAGCAGAGAUUCAUCAAAGGUCGAGUAUUAGAUCCGGUGACUGAGGGAUUUAGUGAUGCCAUUCUUCCGGUAGUCUCACGACGUGCCAGAUUCGUCGGUCUUGACUACGAUGCCCACGAGCAGUUUAUCUACUACAGUGACGUACUCCAAGACGUCAUUUAUCGGGUACAUCAAAACGGUACAGGCCGUGAAAUAGUACUGGCUAGUCAGAACGAGGGCGUAGAAGGUCUCGCAGUCGACUGGGCGGCUAAAAAUCUUUACUACAUAGAUUCACGUAAAGGUACAUUAAAUGUUUUGAGCACGAGGAAUGUCACCUAUCGUCGUACGCUACUCAAGAAUCUUAAGCGACCAAGGGCUAUUGUGAUUCAUCCGAAUCAGGGCUAUAUUUUCUUCUCCGAAUGGGACCGUCCGGCUAACAUUAGCAGAGCUCACGCCGAUGGUUCGAAUCUCAUUGUCUUCAAAAACUUGACGCUGGGAUGGCCUAAUGGCUUGGCUAUCGAUUUUACCAAGGAUCGACUGUAUUGGUGCGACGCAUUAUUGGACCAUGUGCAACACUCAAACCUCGACGGUUCGGACGUGCGUAAUGUGAACUCAAGACUAAUUCGUCAUCCCUUUUCCAUUGCCAUACACGAGCAGUGGAUGUACAUAACGGAUUGGCGACUAGAUGCCAUCAUUCGCAUGCAUAAAGAAUCGGGCGUACAAGAGUCUAUACUUGUACGCGAACCCGCCACCAAUCGUCUAUAUGGUGUUAAAGUGUUCAGCCGCGAAGUGCAAAGGCCCAACAAUGAACACCCAUGUUCUAUCGCCAAUGGAGGCUGUGAGAAACUAUGCUUCGGUGUACCUAAAAAUCAGACUACCAGAUUCAGUUCAAAUAGAGUCUCACUUACGAGACUGUGUGGCUGUCCUUAUGGAGAAAAGCUUCAGGAGGACGGUAAGACAUGCGUAGAAGAUCGUGAAGCAGAACCACCGCUGUUGGCUUGCCCGAACGCCUGGGAUUUCACUUGUGCAAAUCAACGUUGUGUGCCACAGUCAUGGGUUUGUGACGGCGAUGACGAUUGUCUCGAUAACAGUGACGAAAUGCAGAACUGUACAAAACCUACGUGCAGUGCUAAUGAAUUCCAGUGCAAAGCUGGAAGAUGUAUUCCUUUGAGCUUCCGUUGUGAUGCUGAGAAUGAUUGUGGUGAUUACAGUGAUGAGACUGGUUGUCCGAAUGUCACCUGCUCUUCUAGCCAGUUUACUUGCGAUAAUAACAGAUGUAUUCCUGCUAACUGGAAGUGUGAUUCUGAAAACGAUUGCGGUGACAGUUCCGAUGAAGGCGACUUUUGUGCUGCCAAAACAUGCUCUUACUUUCAAUUCACUUGUCCUCGAUCAGGUCACUGUAUACCUCAAUCUUGGGUAUGCGACGGUGAUAACGAUUGCUUCGAUCAACAAGAUGAAAUGGAUUGUCCGCCCGUAACAUGUCUAAGUACUCAAUUUACCUGUGCCGAUCAAAAAAUGUGCGUUCUUGAAUCGUAUAAAUGUGAUGGAAUAUCAGACUGUAAUGAUGGCUCUGACGAGGUUGGUUGUCCAUCAUUAGCGCCAGACCAGUGCAACUCCGAGAAGCAAUUUCAAUGCGCCAGUUCUGGAAUUUGCAUACCAAAGAGCUGGUACUGUGAUGGUACUCCUGACUGCCACGACAAAUCCGAUGAGCCAUCAAGCUGUGGCAAAGUUGAUUGUCAAUCAGGCUAUUUUAAGUGUCGCAAUUCACAUUGCGUGUUCAAGGCAUACAUUUGUGAUGGCAAAGAAGACUGUGGCGAUGGCUCUGACGAAGAUGCAAGGCUGCAUGCUUGUGCGCCGCCACCAUUCAAGUGCGAAUCAAUGCAGUGGCAGUGUCCCAACGUUACUAAUCAAUGCAUCAAUAUAACAAACGUUUGUGACGGCAAAGUUGAUUGUCCACAUGGCGGCGACGAAGGUCCCGGUUGUGAUUUGAACGAAUGUUCUGAAUCACAUCACUAUGGUCUUUGCAGCAACAACUGUACUCAAACUCCAUUUGGCGCUUUGUGCACAUGCCCGAUGGGAGAGGAACUCAGUGACAAUGGAUUUACUUGCCACGAUAUUAAUGAGUGUGAUCCUCCAGGACGUUGUUCGCAAAAAUGUGUCAACACUAAACGUAGCUACUACUGUGAGUGCGUUGAUGGCUAUAGUCUCGAUGCCGAUAAACACACUUGCAAGGCUUUUAAUCAUAGUCAAGCAUUCCUUAUCAUAAGCAAUCGACAUACUAUCCUCGUGGCAGAUCUACAGGAUCAGGCACUGGAACGAGUACCUACUAGUGUAGAAAAUGUUGUGGCAACAGCUAGUAACAUGCAUACUGGAACAAUAUUCUGGUCGGAUAUGAAACUAAAGAAGAUUUCGAGGUUAGAUAAGGGUAGUUACCCGCAAGAUGUCAUUUCAAGUGGUUUAGAUUUGGUUGAAGGUCUAGCUUAUGACUGGAUUGGUCAAAACUUGUACUGGUUGGACUCAAAAUUGAAUACUAUCGAGGUCGCCAAAGAAACUGGACAAAAUAGAAUGGUACUAGUAAAAGAAAAUAUCACGCAACCGCGAGGUAUGUGCUUAGAUCCUAGUCCUGGUGCUCGUUGGCUCUUCUGGACAGAUUGGGGUGAAAAUCCACGCGUAGAGCGUAUUGGUAUGGAUGGCAAUUCCCGCAUGGCUAUUAUAACAACCAAGAUAUACUGGCCCAAUGGUUUGGCUUUGGAUAUUGCAACAAAACGUGUAUACUUUGCAGACAGCAAGCUAGAUUUUAUUGACACGUGCCUUUACGAUGGUACCGAACGUCUCCAAGUACUGGCAAGCUCACAUUACUUGUUGCACCCACACUCGUUAACACUCUUUGAAGACACAAUGUACUGGACUGACCGUCAACUCAACCGUGUUCUUUCGGCGCACAAGUUUAAGGGUAUCAACCAAACUGUAGUGUCACAUGUGAUUUCACAACCACUUUCUAUUCACGUGCAUCACCCUGUGCUGCAGCCCAUUACGCCAAACCCUUGUGCUAAUGCUUCAUGUACACAUCUAUGUUUACUUUCGCCAACUGCUCAACUAGGAUAUACCUGUAAGUGUCUUGUUGGUUACAAGCAACUAAGCGAUGGAAGAUGCAUCGAGGAGGACACACCGUUCCUUAUGGUUCUCAGAGGAUCACAGAUUGUAGAUGUGUCGCUUACACCUGGUGAUAGUAAGAGCGGCUAUAUCACACCGGUAGUGGGCGUUGAAAAUGGUCGAUUUAUUGACUACGACAGAAGAGACCAUAUGGUAUACUGGUUACAAUCAAAGGAGAAUGACGAGGAUAGCGAGAACGGAACAUUAUAUACAAUGCCUUACACCGGUGGUAACAGAACCGAAUUCCCUAAUCCUCAAGGUGACUCUGGAAUUGUUGGAUCACCAUCGACGUUUGCUAUCGAUUGGCUUGGUCGUAAUGUGUUCAUCGGUAACAAAAUUGCAUCGAACAUUGAAGUGAUCAAAAUUGACGGAGACAUUAAAUAUCGUACAAUUGUUCUCGCAAAUGACGGUAACAAAACAUCUGUAGCAAAACCGAAAGCUAUGUGCCUUGACCCACUUGAUGGUCAUGUGUUUUGGAUUGACGAGGGUGGUUUCGGGGUUCCCAUUAAAAUUGGACGAGUCAAUAUGGAUGGAACAGAUCCAAUGAUUCUUAUGGAGAAGGAACAGUGGCUCGAAGCUCUGACUAUUGAUAUUCCCAAUAAAAUGCUGUAUUUUAGUACCCAGCACCAAGGGUACAUAAAAUCUAUGAGCACUGACGGUAGUGAUGUACACAAUAUUCUCACGAGCGUUAAUAAUAUUGCUCAACCUAAGGCACUUGCUGUACAUGGUUCAAGACUGUACUAUUUAGAUCCUGCCUACGAAAAGAUAGAAAGAGUUGACUUGCCCGAUGGUGACAAUCCAGUACAAAUUUUACAUAAUGACGCCGAUUUAAAAACAUUAACGAUCUAUAAAAAACGACUAACCGAUACUGCUCAUCCGUGUUUGACGAAUAACGGUGGUUGUGAACAAAUAUGCCUUCCGUCUAUAGGUAACACAAGAGUUUGUGCUUGUGGAAUGCAAUAUCGCAAAGUUGGUGAGACUAAUUGUGAGUCAUAUAAGACCUUCCUUGUUGUUACACAACUUGAUGUUGCUAGAGGAUACAGUUUUAAGGAUGCCAAGGAGGCAAUGGUACCAAUUUCUGGACCUGGUCAUCAUAUUCUGCAUGUAGACGUACACUACGCACUCAAUUGGAUUUAUUGGGUCGAGUUCAAUAGAGGCACGUGGAACGGAAUUUUCCGAAUCAGACCUAAUGGUACCGAGUUACAGCACAUUGUUAAAUCGGGCAUCGGGUCAAACGGUAUUCGAGGUCUCACAAUUGACUGGAUAGCCGGCAACAUUUACUUCUCCAAUGUAUUCCCACACGAUAAUUAUGUUGAGGUCUGUCGACUCGAUGGCAGUCAUCGCAAGGUUAUCGUUAAGACGACUAUCGAUACACCACGUGAACUUGCGGUCAACCCUAUCAGAAGGAUGCUUUAUUGGAUUGACUAUGGGCAGUAUCCACGCAUCGGUAAAGCUUUCCUCGACUGUAGCAACUGGAAACCAAUUGUUACUUCCGGUAUCAGUACACCGCGGGAUCUUACCAUCGAUUUUGCCACUCACGAUGUUUAUUGGGUUGAUUCGAAACUUGACACUAUCCAGAAAGUUUCAUACUCCGGCAGUAAUCGUCAAGUCAUCAGGCGCAAUUUGCCGAACCCAAUGGGUGUUGCUAUAUUUGGCAGCGAUGUUUAUUGGGUGGACCGUAACCUUGCCAGCGUGUUCCGUGCUAGCAAACUUCCAGGAAACAUGAGUUUACCAACAGCAAUGCGCACUAACUUACCAAAACUACGUGAUAUCGCGAUCUACGAUAAAAGUGCUCAGCCACAAGAUGAUAGUAACCCUUGUGGACGUGGAACUAAUGGUGACUGCAGUCAACUGUGCUUCGCCUUUCCCCGAGAUAUUACAACACAAAUGCGUUGUGACUGUGCUGUGGGUAAAUUGUCCAGCGAUCAGAAGAGCUGUGAAAACGUUGAUGAGUAUUUGGUAUUUGCCACGAGAACAGAAAUUCGAGCCAUCAAUUUACAUCCAAAAGAUACUUCACAACCCUUUAAACCAAUUGGAAAUCUAACGAACGUUGUUGGGGUUGAUUUCGAUUACGACGACGAUAAGAUAUUCUUCACGCAGAUCAGACCUUGGGCAAAGAUCGCCUGGUUAGACUCCAAUAACCCCGCUAAUAGUCAGAUCACUACUGUGUUGGGUAAAAACAUUAAUCCUGAGGGCAUUUCUUAUGACUGGACGCAAAAAAAGAUUUAUUGGACUGAUUCUUCAAAUAAUAGCAUCUAUGCCAUGAAUACUGAUGGUACGAGUCUAGUCAUGAUUGCCAGAGUUGAUAGGCCGAGAGCAAUCGUUGUUGAUCCAUGCAAUGGUUCAUUGUACUUCACUGACUGGGGUCGUUUCAGUACAUCCGGAAAAAUCUUCAGAACUACUAUGGCUGGAUCAUUCAAAAAAGCUAUUAUUGAAAAAGACUUAGCACAACCGAGUGGUUUAGCGAUUGAUUACGAAGAAAGAAUGUUGUACUGGACUGAUGCUAUUAAGGAAAAGAUUGAAAGAUCUGAUCUAGAUGGAAAUAACAGGGAAAUCUUGAUUCCAGCAUCGAUUUAUCCAUUUGCCAUUACGGUGUUCCGGGAGCAUAUUUAUUGGACUGACCUUCAAUUACGUGGUGUCUAUCGUGCUGAUAAAUACACCGGUGGCGAUCGUAUUGAAUUAGUUAAAAGAUUAGAGGACUCACCACGUGACCUUCACAUUUAUUCACCUAAUCGUCAGCAGUGCAAAGUUAAUCCGUGUAAUAUCAAGAAUGGUGGCUGUGAUCAUGCCUGUUUUCCAGGUCCGAAUGGUACCGUAGAAUGUAAAUGUGAUGAUAACAACCGAUUGGUCAAUGAAAACCGCAUGUGCGUACCUAAAAAUAUAACUUGUGACCCAAGUAAAUUUGCCUGUCGCAAUGGAAAGUGUAUUUCCAAAAUGUGGGCUUGUGACGGCGACAGCGAUUGCGGGGAUGGUUCUGAUGAAGAUCCGAACUACUGUGCUUAUCAUUCAUGUAGUCCUAACGAAUUCCGGUGUAAUAACGGCAGGUGCAUCUUUAAAUCAUGGAAAUGUGACCACGAAGACGACUGCCAAGAUGGUUCCGAUGAAGAAGGUUGCGUUUAUCGACCUUGUGCUAAUGGCGAGUUUACCUGCGCUAACCAACGUUGUAUACCUAUGGCGCAAGUUUGUAAUGGUGUAAAUGAUUGUAAAGACAACGUCACUAGUGAUGAGACUCACGAACGAUGCCCACGAAAUACUACUUGUCCACCAAACCAUCUGAAAUGUGAUAAAACAAAUAUUUGUGUGGAACCAUAUUGGUUGUGUGACGGAGAUAAUGACUGCGGAGACAACAGUGAUGAGGAUCCUCUACAUUGCUCUCAAAGAACCUGCCCACAGAACAGUUUCAGAUGUCCAAACCAUAGGUGCAUCCCUGCUACUUGGUAUUGUGACGGCGACGACGAUUGCUUGGACGGAAGUGAUGAGCCACCGGAGUAUUGUCAUUCUGAAGGAAGAACGUGUUUCGGAGAUUUAUUCACUUGCGACAAUGGACACUGCAUACCAAGAAUAUAUAUCUGUGACGGAGAUAAUGAUUGUUUGGACAACUCUGACGAAGACGAACGUCAUCAGUGCAAUGAUCGAAAGUGUGAUGAGGAAACUGAAUUUACCUGCGUAGCAAAUAAAGCCUGGAACCGUGCCCAAUGUAUACCACAGAAAUGGCUUUGUGAUGGCGAUCCUGAUUGCGUCGAUGGAGCUGAUGAAAAUGUAACUCUCCACCAUUGUCCAGAGCCUACACCUUGCUCGGAUAACCAGUUCACUUGCAACAAUGGACGUUGUUUGAACCGUAGUUGGCUCUGUGAUCACGAUAAUGAUUGCGGCGACGGUUCAGAUGAAGGCAAAUUCUGUAAUUCAAAGUAUAAACAGUGUUCAGAUAAUGAAUUCACUUGCCAAAACUUCAAAUGUAUAAGAAAACAAUUUUACUGUGAUGGUCAAGAUGACUGUGGUGAUCACUCAGAUGAAGUUGGAUGUGCUCCAAAAGGAAAGAACGUGACAUGUCCAAAUCCAAAUGAAUUCCGCUGCACUUCGGGCCAGUGUAUUGAUCAGCAGCUGGUCUGUAACAAAAUAAUAGACUGCAACGACGGUAGCGAUGAACCUGCUCACUGCAAUGUCGACGAAUGUGCUAGAGUCGAGUUAAAUCAGUGUGGACACCGAUGCGUGGAUACUCCAACAUCUUACUAUUGCGAAUGUAAUCCAGGUUACAAGUUGCUUGAGGAUGGCAAAGCUUGUGCUGACAUCGACGAAUGUACUGAGACACCGUGGGUCUGUAGUCAGCAGUGCGAGAAUACUCCAGGAAGAUAUUACUGUAAAUGUAACGAGAAAUGGUACGAUAGAGCUCCGGAUGAACAUACGUGCAAGAGGAGGGAUAAUACUCAGCCAUGGAUCAUUUUUACCAAUAAGUAUUACGUGAGAAACAUGUCGACUGAUGCAACAUUGUACAACAUUAUGCAUCAAGAUUUGAUUAACGUCGUAGCUCUCGAUGCAGAUUAUUUGCAAGAGAUGCUUUACUUCUGCGAUGUGACUGCUAAAGCUAUUUACAGAGCUCCAAUUGCUGGUGGAGAAAAGGAAGCCGUCAUUCGACACAACAGCCUAGGACUUGAAGGUAUUGCCAUUGAUUGGAUAGGAAGGAAGCUUUAUUGGCUUGACAGACAUGCUAAACAUCUGGAUGUAUCUGAACUGGAUGGUACCAACAGAAAAACUUUGUUGAGUGGCAUUGCUGACCCUCGAGCAAUUGUUGUUCACCCUGGUACUGGUUAUUUAUACUUUACGUCCUGGCAUCUACAGGCCUUUAUUGGAAAAAUGGGUAUGGAUGGUAGUAAUAUGACGCGUAUCCUAACGUGGAAUGAUGAUAUAGCUUGGCCGAAUGCUCUGACUAUCGAUUACAUAACUGACCGACUCUUCUUUGCGGAUGCUCAUUUGGACUAUAUCGCAUUCACCGAUCUUGAGGGUCAUCAUCGCCGUAUUGUCCUCUCUGGACCAUCGGUACCGCACGUAUUUGCUAUAACUGUGUUUGACGAUCACAUCUACUGGACCGAUUGGAAUUUGAAGACUAUUAGUCGUGCCGAGAAAUUCUCCGGAGCCAAUCUUACUGUACUUAGAAAUACCACUCAUAGGCCAUACGAUAUUCACAUUUAUCAUCCACUGAGACAGCUACCAUACAACAAUCCAUGUACCCAGAAUAACGGAGGCUGUUCCCAUUUGUGUUUAAUUGCACCGCCUGCAAGCUCGUAUUUAUUGGAAGGAUAUGGACAGCCUGGUGUCACCCAGUACAAGUGUGCUUGUCCUAAUCAAUACAUUCUAAGUACAGAUGGCAAAAAUUGUAUUGCCAACUGCACAACUGGACAACACCGCUGCGGACCACCCGACGAAAAGUGUAUUCCUUGGUUCUGGAAGUGUGAUGGCGAGAAAGACUGUAAAGACGGAUCUGACGAACUAAUGAAUUGCUCGACGACUCGAGUAUGUCGCCCAGGCGUCUUUCAAUGUACGAACAAGAAUUGCGUUCCUACGAUCACCGUGUGUGAUGGUACUGAUGAUUGUGGAGAUAGGAGCGACGAAACCAACUGUGCUCUUGAUUGUCCGGAGCUUGAAUUCAAAUGUAAGAGUACAGGACGAUGUAUUCACGGUUCAUGGAAAUGUGAUAACGAUGCUGACUGCAAGGACGGCUCAGACGAAGAUCCUGCUAUUUGCCAUAAUCGUGUUUGUGACCCUGAUACUGAGUUCUCUUGUAAAAAUGGAAAGUGUAUCCCUAAAUUAUGGAUGUGUGAUUUCGAUAACGACUGUGGUGAUGAUAGUGACGAGCCUGCGUUUAUGUGUCGUCAACGCAAUUGUACUACUGGCUGGCAACGUUGCCCUGGCCACGCCAACUACCGCUGCAUACCUAAAUGGUUGUUCUGCGAUGGAAAAGAUGAUUGUCGCGAUGGUUCCGAUGAGAGAUCCGAGAGCUGUCCCAAGUGCGAUCCAAAUACCGAGUUCAAGUGUGCAAACAAUAGAUGCGUGCCAAAGCAGUGGCUAUGCGACUUUGCUGAUGAUUGCGGUGACGGUUCAGACGAGGCUAAAGCUACCUGUUCAGGAAGAUACCGAGAUUGUACCGAGAGCGAAUUCAAGUGUGCUAACGGCAAGUGCAUUGCUUCGAGAUGGAGGUGUGACAACGAAGACGAUUGUGGUGAUAGAAGCGAUGAGGUUAACUGUCACGAAUUCAAGUGCAAGAACGAUACUUUCCAAUGUGCAAGUGGUCAUUGUAUACCUAUUUCAUUACGUUGUGAUGGUGCACGCGAUUGUCAAGAUAUGAGCGAUGAGAUUGGAUGUAUGCCGAAAUAUCCCGGUGGUAGAUUCUGUCCGGAAAAUCAAUUCCAGUGUGAUAAUAACUUGUGUGUCUCACAAUCAGAUCGUUGUGACGGUAGCGACGAUUGCGGUGAUGGUUCGGACGAAAGUCAAACGAUGUGCGCAACAUUCAAAUGCGACACGUCAAGACGAUUCCAGUGUGUCAACCAUCGCUGCAUUGCUAAAUACCAAUUAUGCGAUGGUAUCGAUAACUGUGGUGACGGCAGUGAUGAAAACAACAUGACCUUAUGUUCACGUAAAAUUGUUCCGUGCAAUCCAAUCGCCUCAUAUCAAUGUGCUAACAAGAAUUGUAUCGAUCGCCUUAAAAUCUGUGAUUACGCUAACGAUUGUGGUGACUUUUCCGAUGAACUCGGAUGUCAUCACAACAAGGUGUGCAAUGAUGCAGACAAGGGCGGUUGUGCCCAUUACUGUCAGAAUGUAACUGAUACACUGUCUCUAUCUACGGAUGCAGCACCGCGAGGUUAUAUAUGCGCUUGCUACCCUGGCUAUAUUAUUACUGAAGAGAAUCACAAACACUGUGAAGAUAUCAAUGAAUGUACCAAAAAUCAGCACACUUGCUCGCAGCUCUGUACUAAUUUGAACGGCUCAUAUGCUUGCUCUUGCCGUGACGGCUUCAAGCUUUCUGAUAAUUUAAGCGGAGUAUGUAGGGCUGAAGAUGAUAAGGUAUUGGUAAUGUUUGGAAGCGGACAAGAAAUUCGAGCGCUAAAAAUAUAUCAAAAUGAAGAACUAGGUGUUGUAGCCAACGAAAAACGAGUAAACGCUAUUGAUUUUGAUCCUAAAAUGGAAUACGUCUAUUGGAUUGACGCUCACGAUCGCGUCAUCAAGCGAUCUGUUAUGGUUGACGGCAAAAUGGUUCAGAUUGGUUUUGCUCAAACUCUAACUGAAAAAACGGAAACAAUACCAACAAGUUUAGCUGUUGAUUGGAUCUCGGGUAACCUUUAUUGGACGGAAAUGGAUAAUAUGCCACCACGCAGUGGUGGACGACUUGUUGUUGCAAAGGCUGACGGGCGAUAUAAGCGCAGUCUGAUCACGGAUCUUGUAGAACCGACUUCUGUGGUUGUCGACCCGCAACUAGGUCGAGUGUUCUUUGCUGACGGUGGUCCUUCACCAAAGAUCGAGUUAGCGUGGAUGGAUGGUAGUCAUCGUAAGGCGAUUGUCGUAACUCGACUGGGGAAACCGUCAGCUCUGGCAAUUGAUUAUGCUAUGGACCAUGUUCUAUACUGGGCGGAUAUCAAAUUGAAUACUAUCGAAACUAUCCAGAUAGAUGGAAAUAAUCGUAGGGUUAUCAUUAGUGGCGAUCACCUUAAGCAUCCAGUUAGUCUGGAUGUAUUUGAGAGUAAUGUCUUUUGGUCGACGAAAGCCAACGAACUCGUCAGGCAGGACAAAUUUGGCAGAGGAGUACCACAGAUGCUAUCACGGAAUCUUGGUAGUCCUGGUGGCGUAAAAGUUUACCACCAGUUGAGGUAUAACAUUACACUGCGAGAUCCUUGUCACUCGGUCGAAUGCUCGCAUUUGUGUGUUGCUGUACCCAAGGGCCACAGGUGUCUAUGUCCCGACAGACAGGGACCACUCAGCCCUGUUGUUAUUAAUGAUAUCAUCUGUGAUGCGACCAUCGAAAGAGAAAGGCCAUCACCAAAGAUCUGUCCAUGUCGAAAUGGUGGAUUCUGCCAGGAGAAUGAAUCGGGCAAGUUAAUCUGCGUAUGCCCCAUAGAUUUCCACGGUGAAACAUGCGAGGUUGGUUUUGCAUCAACAAUGGCAGGUGGUUCUACCGCUUCGAUCAUUGUACCCAUCAUAGUCGCCAUUCUCGUGCUACUUGCUGCUGCGGCCAUCUUCAUGGUACUCAAAAAACGACCAUUUGGUAAGACAAUUGGUGGUUUAACUGGUGCUCAAAGUGUUUCGUUUCGACAAGGCAGCAAUGUUGAAUUCGGUGGCUCCGGAGGUGAUCGAAUGGAACCCUUGGAUGUCGAAUACAACCUGACUGAAGUGGGAAAUAAGAAUCGCGACUUCAGCAACCCAAUGUACGAUGCGGUGAACAUGGAGACGACUAGUCCAACGGCAACGAACGGUACUAACACAGCUUCGAGUGGCAUUUACGAGGUUCCAGCUGAGAUGAAGCCCUCGAGUGUUCAGCACAAAGAAGCACUGCAACUUCACCUAAAGCGGCGCGAACUUGACCCAACGCCCAUUGACUCAGGCAAGGACACACAGCAACUUGUCGAAGAGGACAAAUCUGAGUCAUAAUCCAUGACGUUAUGCGCGUUUGUACAUAUGGUUGUAAUGAUUAGGUCGCCGAGCGUGGUAUAAAGACCAAUGUGUUUUAAGAUUUCCUUUUCCUUCUAUUGCUAUUUGAUCUUCACUUUUUUUACUUCGUUGACGAUUUUGUAAUGUAAUUGUGAACAAUAUAUUAUCGAAUAAGAGUUGACUUGUGAUAUAUUGUAACCAAACGUUGUCUUCCACUCAGCGUGAUCAAUUGAAAAAGAAAGAGAAUAUAUUUUUUCGAAAAUAUUAAGAUCAAAUUGCAAUAGACACGAUAUGAUUUGUGUCAUUCAAUAUUUUAGAAAAAGAGAUGUAAAAUUUUACUAUAGAUUUUAUAACAUGGGCUCCAACAAAGUCUGCAUGGUCGUAGACCUUACAUCUCCUACAUAGUUGUGAUGUGUAAGUCUUGUAAAUAUUAUUACUACGAAGUGUUUUUUUUAUCAUUCUAUCAAUUUGUGUACCAUAAAGGUGUUAAAUAAUACGAAAAAAACAAUAACAUACAUUCCAUUGUCAACUAAAAGCCACUCGCGGGCAUAAUUAUUAAGUAGUAAUAGUCGAAAUAUUUUUACUGUGCGCGAAUGAGUGAGCGUUGCGCGAUAGUUAAACUCGCAAUUUUUAUUGGAAGUAAACAAAGAAAGAGGAUGUAUGAGACAAUGAAAUAUAUUUAAGCGCAUUUAGCACGAUGCGUCGACGUGAAGCUGUAACUUUCUAAAUAAUUAGGUUUAUUAUGAUCUUUUUGUAGAGAAAAAUAAACAGAGUGAGAGAGAGAGAGAGAGAGAGAGAGAGAGAGAGAGAGAGAGAGAGAGAGAGAGAGAGAGAGAGAGAGAGAGAGAGAGAGAGAGGGGUGUGGUUGUUAGAAUGAGCAUAUUAUUUUUUUCUACGAUGGUGAAUGGACUUUCGCGAUACAAAGUAUAAAACUGUAGAAUGGAAAAAUUACAAUGAAGAAUUUUGUAAACUUUGUUAAGCAUCAGUUAUUAUUAUUAUAAUUAUUAUUAUUAUUAUUAUUAUUAUUAUUAUUAUUAUUAUUAUUAUACUAUAUUUUAUGAAUUGUGAAAAUAAGCAUUACAAAGGCCAAUUAAUGAUUUUAUUUUAUUUAAGCAUCAAUUCAAGAAAUUUUUUUUGGCCGAUA